AUGGCACACUACAGAAAAAUAGAACUACAGGCUCCAGCCGAUUACACAUAUCUCUAUGCAAACACAGUCACACUCUCUCGCCAAAAACUUGAUCUUCACCUCCCCCCUUCAGCGACGAGCGAUGACACGCCAGAUCCUAUGCGCGAACGCGUGAAGGAGUUAGUGGACGAGUACAUAAACAAAACAUUCACAUCUUCCUCCGCCUCAGUCAGCAUCAAUGGAAUCGACUCUUCUUCUCCUCAAUUUGCGUUCCCAGCCUCAUUCACUGCGCCCGAGACGGUCGAAUACGAACCCUUUGACUCGGAGCUAGCAUCGCGUGUCACAGCAUUGUACGCACAACUCGAGUCACUGACGACGAGUGUUGCACAGUUGAGACGAGAGGCACCACAAAAGGCUGCUCAGAACUAUGGGGCACAACUACUGAGGUUGAUCAACGAGGAAGGAGGGGAAGAUGGGGACGAAGACGAUGCAGACGAGGGAAUGAAUGAGUCUGAAGAUGUGACCGGGCUAGCGAAACCGAAUAAUAAUGAGGGUGAUGCUAUGGAUGUCGAUCCGGAGAAUGUGCCUGCAAAUCCAAAGCCAACACAAAAGAAUGUUUCACAGGCCGAAUACUCGACACGGUCUCGGCGCCGGCGCAAUCGUCCUGAUCCGGCGUGGAAAUUACAUAUUCCAUUUGGCACAGAUGAAGAGGCGGAGCGAUGGCGGAGUGGGGACAUUGCCGGUGUGUACGAGAAUUCAUUGCGGACUUUGCAGCGGCUGCAGGGCGAGGCGGAUUUGGGCGGCGAGGAUAGCACUGAGGGUAACGCGCUAGCAACGACUGUGGGCAAGGCCGAAAGAGCAGGCCGGGCAGCUGAAGUAGUGGAGAAUAUGUGA